AUGUGGCGUAGAAACAUUUUUUCAAGAGCUUUGAGAUCUGUUUUAGCAGGUUAUAGAAGAAUAAGUAGUAAAAAUAGCAACAACAGUCCCACAAAUAAAAGUAACCGUAACUAUGAAGACAGAAAAUUAUAUCAUAGUACUUACUAUAGCAAAAAGUUUAGAUUUAUAUCUUACAUUGGCAUAUUUUUUAUAUUUUUACUGAUUCUAUUGAGCAAAUGUUUACAAUUUUCAGGGCCUGAUGCGCAACAAUGCAGACCCAUUUGGAUGUAUCCAUCAUAUGCUAAGGUAGAUGGAUUUGAUACAAGAUUUACACGAUUAGCUCAUAAAUACCAUUUAUACCUUUAUAGAGAACAAGGGAAAGACAAAGAUCCUCUAAAUGGUAAUGAAAUCCAAUUGGACGGAAUACCUGCUCUUUUCAUCCCUGGAAAUGCCGGAAGUUUUAAACAAGCUCGUUCAAUUGCUGCAGAAGCUGCCAAUAUUUAUUUCGAGUCCAAGAAUACCUUAGAUAAUAAGAUUAAUACGAGAAAUUUAGAUUUUUUCACUGCUGAUUUUAAUGAAGAUUUCACUGCAUUUCAUGGACAAACUAUGUUAGACCAAGCAGAAUAUUUAAAUGACGCAAUAUCCUAUAUAUUAUCUUUAUAUGAAGGAUCAUAUUCCUAUGAUAUGCCUUUACCAAAAUCUGUAAUAAUUGUAGCACAUUCAAUGGGCGGGAUUGUGACAAGAUUGAUGAUGACUCUGGAAAAUCACAUCCCAGGCUCUAUUAACACUAUAUUAACUUUAUCUAGUCCUCAUGCCGUAUCUCCAGUGACAUUUGAUGGUGAUAUCUUAAAAAUAUAUCGAAAAAUAGAUGAUUAUUGGGUAAAUCAAUUUAAUGACGAAAAUUCAUUUUUUAGUAGAAAUGUUUCAUUAAUCUCUAUUACCGGCGGUGUUUCUGAUGAUAUUUUACCGGCUGAUUACGCAUUUGUGGCCGAUUUAAUACCUCCUGAGAAUGGGUUUACCACUUUCACUACAACAAUACCAAAUGUUUGGACACCAAUUGACCAUCUUGCCAUUGUCUGGUGUAAACAAUUAAGGCAUGUUUUAGCCAAAUUACUGUUAGAAAUAGUUGAUAGUACUUGCCAUUCUAAAACAAAACCGCUUGAGGAAAGAAUCGAAAUAUCAAAACAAUAUCUUCUGUCUGGUUUUGAAAAUUAUGCUAGAGAAACUAAACCGUUAUUUAAUCCAGAAGUUUCAAGCAAAAUACCUGAUGUAACUUAUGAAUCUGGAAUAAAUAUUGUUGAGGGUAACACGCAUUUAAACAUAGACGAAGAGAAUUACGAUAGAAUUCCAGAAUAUACUAAAGUAAUUAUACCUUCAUGUAAUAAUGCGCAUGAUUGGACAUUCACUUUAUUAACAUCAAUAUCCACUUCUCAUGUUACCUUUUGUAAAAAAGCACCUACUAUAAACUUUCAGAAAAAUAUUAGAUGCGUAUCUGCUGAUGAAAGCAUCUUGACUAUCCCAAGGUCCACUAUACACAAUAACUCACCAGCAGACUCUUCAUGGGAUGAAAAUGAUACUCCUUUUAAAAUGCUAUCUAUAUCAGGCAAUGAAUUGGAAAAAUAUGACUUUAUCAUUGUUCAAAAACCACCGAGAGAGGAAGUAAUAAAUUCUAACUUUUUACUUUUUACACUUUUGAAUGAGCCAAAAAAUGAAAUUAGAUAUACUAAACCUUUUGAUAUAUUAUUUAGAGGUGAAAAACUAACGUUGCAAUCAGGGCCUGGUAUUAUUACUAAAACCUGGGAUUUCCCUCAUCUUUGGAAUUCUCUAAUAUCUUAUCAACUAACUAUAUCUUCUAAAAAAAAUGAUGAUAAUAACCUAUUUGAACCAUUCUUAAAACAAACCACUUUCGAGCCAUUUGAGACCAAGUGGCAUAUUAAUAUAAGGAAAUUGGAAAAACUUGGAAUAACGAUGCAUAAUGUGGCCCCAUUUAUUCCUAUCGAUGAAACUCAGACAAGGAUGUUAUCAUUUACUUUAACCAUUCCCUCAGAAACUGAUAUUGAUAUGCGUCUAGAAAUUAACUGGGGGUUAACGUUAAAAUUAUUAUUUAUAAGGUAUAGAUUGGCCAUAGCCUCAUAUCUAAUUACGUUUAUUUCAUUUAUCUUAUUUUAUCAAUUUUAUUACUUUAAAAUGUCAAAUAAAUUUAUCAGUUUUCAAGAAGCUAUAAACACCAUUAUUCAAAAGUUUGGAUACCUUCUUCUCUUAGGAUCAGUGAUUUUAAGCCCCAUUAUUAAUAACAAAUGGAUCGAGAAGAUAUUAUAUCUUUUAGAUCCAGUAAAAUUAAACAAUCCAUUUGCAUCCGAAGAGCUCCAUAUCUAUAACAAUUAUUAUUACUUAGGUAUUAGGGAUUUUUUCUCUAGCUUUAUUGGAUUACUAUUUACUUUAAUGACAAUAGGUGUAUUCUUUGUUUUUGGAAAGUUCUUCGACCUCCUCGAAUAUAUAAUAUCCAAAGUUACAAAGCAUAACUUGAAAAGAGCCGAAGUCAAUAGUCAUAUCAUGAAUGAGACAAUUUUCGACAAAAAAAGAAUUGUAGGUUGUAUUAUAUUAACAACUGCAGUACUUUUCUAUAUUCCUUACCAGUUGGCAUUUUUGUUGAUGGUUUUUGUUCAAUCUGUAACAUGCAUCAGAGUAAUUAUUCAUUAUAACCGAAAUGCUGGAAACGAUCAUCUACAUUGGAAGAAUAUUAAAAAUUAUAAUGUUUCCAUUCUGUUAUAUACAAUAGUCAUAGCAAUUGUCGAUACUCCUAUCAUCAUAGUGUUUUUCCACAAUGUCGCAAUUAAAUGGGAAACCACAUUAAACUCUCAUCACAAUGUCUUAGCUAUACUUCCAUUUAUAUUCUUUGUAGUAGCUAAUUCAAAGUUUCACAUCCCAAACUACAAGAAACCAACUGACUGGUUUAUUCUACUCGGGCUAAUCGCUUAUACUGCAUUUUUCUCAACAAUAUAUGGUAUUAGAAAUCUAUUUUGGUUACAUCAUAUUACAAAUAUACUAAGUGGAUGGUUAUUUUACGGAUGUUUGAAAAUUUAG